CCCAAAUUGUCUCUUGCUCUUUGAAGCACCCACAACUUCUUACACAGUAUUCCAAAAUCCGAGGCAUGAUCGUAAAUUGGAUUUACUGCCCAGCAAAAUGUAGACAAAUCAUCUCGUCUCAUCUCAUCUCAUCAGCCCCUGGCUGCCCAGUCGUUCUGCCUCUUUGGCACCUACCCGUCAACAAAGACAACAUCACUCCGCCUCAUUCUCGUCUCAACUUUCUUUUGGGCAACUCCCGGAAUACCAUUUCAUGUAACCUCACAUUGUGAGUAGUUCCGGGACUUGGACUCGUCAAGGCGUACGAGCUCCAUGGGAAGGGGAAUUACACACGCCUCCGGGGAAUAUUUUCCAACUCAACCCAGCGGCGCAAGCAUAACAGGAGGAGGCAAAACACCUUGUGCACGGCAGUUGACGGAACGGCCAAAGUCAAGACCCGGCCUGACAGAGCGGCCGGCCCUAAACGUUUUUGUUUCGAAACUUUUUGACCUGGGCGAGACCAACGUCGACCUCGGCUGCGUUUCUGGUCAUCUUUGUCAAUCUCCCGCGUGA